AUGGAUGCACUCUACGAGACUCUGCGGGCUCUACCGCUCUCCAUCUCAAUCCCACUAACAACAAGCAUCAUCAUCAUCUUAUCCAUCAUCACCAACGUGGUUCGACAAUUAUGGUUCCCCAACCCUCAUCGCCCACCAGUCGUAUUCCACAUCUUUCCCUUGAUAGGCAGCACUGUUCAAUACGGUAUCGAUCCGUACGCGUUUUUCUUUAACUGCAGAGAAAAAUACGGGGACUGCUUCACCUUUAUUCUGCUCGGCAAAUCGACGACUGUCUUUCUCGGGCCCAAGGGCAAUGACUUUAUCCUCAACGGCAAACAUGCUGAUCUAAAUGCCGAGGAUGUCUAUGGGAAGCUUACGACGCCUGUGUUUGGCAACGAGGUUGUGUACGACUGCUCCAAUGCACGUUUCAUGGACCAGAAGAGGCUUCUCAAACUUGGUCUUACCACAGAUUCUUUAAGGUGUUACAUCCCAAAGUUCGUUAAAGAAGUCGAAGACUACGUCCAAACCUCACCGUACUUCAAGGGCGACACAGGCAUUGUCAACAUCACAGAGGUCAUGGCUGAAAUCACAAUUUAUACGGCAUCCGGAUCUCUUCUUGGCAACGAAGUUCGCGCCAUGUUCGACAGCACCUUUGCCACUCUCUACCGUCAUCUAGACGACGGCUUCCAGCCUAUCAACUUUGUCAUGCCAGGUCUUCCCCUCCCGCAAAACUUUCGUCGAGACCACGCUCGAAAGGUCAUGGAGAAGCUUUUCAGCGAUAUCAUUGCCAAGCGUCGUGAGACUGGCAAUCAAGGCGACGAAACGGAUAUGGUUUGGACGCUUAUGAAUGCGACGUAUAAGGAUGGUCAGCCUCUUCCUGACAUCCAUGCAUCGCGAAUGCUGAUUGCUAUCCUUAUGGGUGGCCAGCACAACACUGCUGCGAGUGGUGCCUGGCUUCUUCUCAACCUCGCUCAUAAACCUCAUCUGGUCCAGGAGCUGUACGAGGAACAGGCUCAAGUUCUUGGCUCACCACAAGAGCCUCUGACAUGGGAAAACUUGCAGAAACUGACUCUCAAUGGCCAAAUCAUCAAGGAAACGCUCCGUCUUCACAGUCCGAUCCACUCAAUCCUUCGACAAGUCAAAUCACCCAUGCGAGUACCUGGCACAGAAUGGGUAGUGCCUCCAUCUCAUACCCUUCUAGCUUCUCCCGGCACAAUGGCCCGAUCAGAAGAAUUCUUCCCUCGACCUUCAGAAUGGGACCCUCACCGUUGGGACAAGAUUGAGCCCCUCGAGAAGACUGCAGAUGAUGGACAGACAGUGGACUACGGCUUUGGAAUGAUGAGCAAAUCCGUCAGUAGUCCUUAUUUGCCCUUUGGAGCAGGAAGACAUCGAUGUGUUGGCGAGAACUAUGCUUAUGCACAGCUGGGUGCCAUCAUUGCGACCUUUGUGAGACUACUUCACAUCGAACAGCCUGAUCCCAAGGCUCCCCUUCCCGCACCGGAUUACUCUUCAAUGUUUUCUCGACCUAUGAACCCUGCCGAGAUCCGAUGGCGUCGACGUGAGAUAGUAGAACGAUAG